GUCAAAUCAUACUUAUGUUCUACAUAAUAAUUUAAACAAACAAUCACUCUUCUUCUCGCUAAGCCAAUAAGCCUUGGCUUAGCGGGAACAUUUUCUUCAUUAUAAUAUUAUUAUUAUUAUUAUAAUAAUGUUACUAUUAUCAGUUAUCACCUUUCAUUUGAUUCCCUUACUUUAUACCCUUCUUCUUUCUGCAAUAACCCUUUCCCGUUUAUGUUUCCACCCCUUUUGAUGAAUCCAAUCUGAUCCGUUUAGAGAACCAUUUUUCUCCCUUGGAAUUGAAGCCUUAUUUCAAACCCUUCCCUACUGUGUUCUUUCGCUUUUGAUUUUUAUUCAACCUUACUGAUGAUGUAUUCAUCUUCAGAUCGAAUUUAUAUUUGUUGUGUAUAAUUGUUUUUGUCCACUAUUCAUUCAAUUAUGCACUGGUUCAGGAGUUUUAUGCAUAUUUAAUUCCUUUAUAUGCUUUCCUUAAGUCUACCAGACAUACCCAAUUGUAAAAUUCCUUGCCUUUCAGAUUUUACUCUUUGAUGCUAUCAUAAAAGGGCAAGCUUUUACUGUGUAAGCUCUUGUAGAGUACUUGAUCUCUCAAGGGUUUUCGCUUAGAGAAGAGAACUGUUUAGUUUCCAUCUUUUGGUCUAAGGAUGGAUCAUAUAAGCAAUGAGGCUAGGGUUGAUCUUUUUUCAAUUGGCCCUUCUGGUAUUCUUGGCAGAACAAUUGCUUUCAGGGUUCUCUUCUGCAAGUCUAUGUCACAAUUGAGGCAUCAGAUACUGGUUGUGUUGUUGGAUACCUUCCAAAGGUUUAGGGGAUUUUGGGCACCCAUUGUGUCAUGGUUGCAUCCAAGAAACCCGCAGGGGAUAUUGGCAAUGAUGACAAUAAUUGCUUUCUUGUUGAAACGCUACACCAAUGUGAAGGUGAGGGCGGAGAUGGCAUAUAGGCGGAAAUUUUGGAGAAAUAUGAUGAGAGCUGCAUUGUCCUACGAGGAGUGGGCUCAUGCAGCCAAGAUGCUUGAUAGAGAGACACCAAAGAUGAAUGAAUCAGACCUUUAUGAUGUGGAGUUGGUGAGUAACAAGCUUGAAGAGCUUCGCCAUCGCCGGCAAGAGGGCUCUCUUCGAGAUAUAAUAUUUUUCAUGCGUGCAGAUCUUGUUAGAAAUUUGGGUAAUAUGUGUAACCCUGACCUCCACAAAGGUAGGCUUCAUGUUCCAAGACUAAUCAAGGAGUAUAUUGAUGAGGUUUCAACCCAGUUGAGGAUGGUCUGCAACUCUGAUUCAGAGGAGCUUGCAUUGGAAGAGAGGCUUUCUUUCAUGCAUGAAACUAGACAUGCAUUUGGGAGGACUGCUUUGUUGUUAAGUGGGGGUGCUUCCCUUGGAGCUUUUCAUGUUGGUGUGGUUAAAACACUGGUAGAACACAAACUUUUGCCCAGAAUAAUUGCUGGUUCAAGUGUUGGGUCCAUUAUGUGCGCUAUUGUUGCCACUAGGUCUUGGCCUGAGCUUCAAAGCUUUUUUGAGGAUUCAUUGCACUCAUUACAGUUUUUUGAUCAAAUGGGUGGGAUUUUUCAAGUUGUGAAGAGGGUCACAACAUUUGGUGCAGUUCAUGAGAUCAGACAGUUGCAAAUGUUGCUGAGGCAUCUCACAAGCAAUCUUACAUUUCAAGAAGCAUACGACAUGACAGGUCGAGUUCUUGGGAUUACAGUUUGUUCCCCGAGAAAACAUGAACCACCUAGAUGUCUUAACUACUUGACUUCACCCCAUGUUGUUAUAUGGAGUGCAGUCACUGCUUCUUGUGCCUUUCCUGGCCUUUUCGAGGCUCAGGAAUUGAUGGCAAAGGAUAGAAGUGGAGACAUUGUUCCUUACCAUCCUCCGUUUAAUUUGGGUCCUGAAAAGGGUUCCACUCCAGUGCGCCGGUGGAGGGAUGGUAGCUUAGAGAUUGAUUUACCUAUGAUUCAGUUAAAAGAACUGUUCAAUGUCAAUCAUUUUAUAGUUAGUCAGGCCAAUCCUCAUAUUUCACCAUUAUUGAGAUUGAAAGAAUUUGUACGAGCUUAUGGAGGUGAUUUUGCAGCAAAGCUUGCUCAUCUAGUAGAGAUGGAGGUGAAACAUAGAUGUCAUCAAGUUCUGGAACUCGGUUUUCCGUUGGGUGGACUUGCCAAACUGUUUGCUCAAGACUGGGAGGGUGAUGUAACAGUUGUUAUGCCUGCAACUAUUGGUCAGUACUUAAAAAUCAUACAGAAUCCUUCUUAUUUAGAGCUUCAAAAGGCAGCUAACCAAGGGAGAAGAUGCACCUGGGAGAAGCUUUCAGCCAUAAAAGCAAAUUGUGGAAUUGAGCUUGCUCUUGAUGAGUCUGUUGCAAUUCUCAAUCAUAUGAGACGACUCAAAAGAAGUUCUGAGAGAGCUGCUGCUGCUUCUCACGGUCUUCACAGUACAGUCAGAUUCAGUGGUUCAAGAAGAAUUCCAUCGUGGAAUGUCAUUGCACGAGAGAAUUCUACAGGUUCCCUAGAAGACUUUCAUGCAGAUGCUGCUCCCUCAUUGCAUCAAGGUGUUAAUAGUCCCAAUGGAGCCACUGCUAAAAAUUGGAAGUCCCACCGUAGCUUUCAUGAUGCAAGUGACAGUGAAUCUGAAAGUGCUGACUUGAAUUCUUGGACCAGAUCCGGUGGGCCUUUGAUGAGAACUAGAUCUGCAGAUAUGUUCAUUGACUAUAUCCAGAACUUAGAAGUUGAUACUGAACUAAAUAGAGGCAAGGUGGCUCUCACUAGCCCUCGCGAUUUUCUGCAUCACAGUUCAAGGUUCACAACACCCGACAAGUGCUCCAAGAGCACAGAAUCUGAUCAGAAAGAAAAUGGAAACAGGGUUGUCAUGAAUGGAUCUAACAUAAUGGUAACUGAAGGUGAUCUUUUGCAACCUGAAAGGAUCCAUAAUGGGAUUGUGUUUAAUGUUGUCAAGAAAGAAGACUUGACACCUUCAAAUAGGAAUCGUGAUUGUAAUAAUGAAGUUGCUGAAUGUGUACAAAUUGACUUUCCAGGGAAGGAGAUGGAUGCUGCUAGUUCAGCUUCCGAAAAUGGUGAUGAUGAUUCCACAAUGGCCAGGUCACUACCUGAAACACCAAAUUAUAGUUCCACAGAUGGUUCCAGCACAGGUUUGGGUAAGGAUCAAAGCAUUGCUGAAAAUUAACUCCAGAGAUCACUACAUUACUGACUUUACGUUGGUACUAAUGCUGUUGAUAAUGUUUUUUUGUAUCAAAUCUAGUCUAGGAUCUCUGUAUUCAUUUUUUCAAUUGAAAUAUAGCCCAAAAUCUGGGAUAUGCUCAUAAAUGCAAGGAAGAAAAGUGGUUUCAACUUUAAAUCACAUGCAAUCCACAAUUAGAUUGAAAGUUUUUAGCUA